AUGGGUUUCACUGAGAAUCAAGAAGUUUUGGUCAAGGAAUCCUGGGAUAUUUUGAAGCUAAAUAUCCCUGAACUCAGCCUCCGUUUCUUCGCAACAAUUUUGGAGAUUGCACCUGCUGCAAGACCCAUGUUCUCUUUUCUUAGGGAUUCCGAUGAGAUACCGCAGAACAAUCCUAAGCUCAAGGCUCAUGCUGUUAAGGUCUUCAAGAUGGUGAGAUUAGGCAUGGCAAUACGUGAUUCCGCGGUUCAACUCCGGGAGAAGAGAGAGGUGACGGUGGCUCAUACUACUUCGAAAUAUUUGGGAUCAGUUCAUCUUAAGAAUGGAGUCAUUGACCCGCAUUUUGAGGUGGUGAAAGAAGCGUUACUGAGAACAAUCAAAGAGGGAGUUGGAAAGAAAUGGAGUGAAGACAUGGGGAGUGCAUGGAGUGAAGCUUAUGAUCAGUUGGCUGCAGCCAUCAAGGCUGAGAUGAAAGAAGAUAAAGGCUGUUAA